GAGUGGCUUGGCAGAAAGACGAAAUGCUAGAUAACUCACAUAAAACUCUAAAUUAAUGUAGGUGUAUUUUGUGCACGUAGCCUCUAUGUAAGUAACCCCUUUUCAUGCCGCUGCGUUUUACCCCCAUAACAAGAGUCGAUCAUGUAAUUCAAUACUCCUGUAUUUUUUUUUCUCUGAAAAAUAUCAAUAUUUAAACACCGAACAAGCAAGACAGUCAAAGCAAUAAAACAACAAGAAAAAAAAAAAAAACUUUAUCAAUCUAUUCUAUUUACAUUAAAUGAACUGUUUAAACACAACCAAACACGAGCUUAGUCCUCUGAGCACAUGAGUUCCGCGGGACCCAGGCGUGCAGGACACAAGCUUGCAUUCUUACACCUUGUGUCUGUAAUCGUGAUUCAUGAUUCAGACGCUACAAGAACACGCUACCAAACAGAAUGCUGCGGUUACAGUGAACUUGAUGCGUUAUUGUAAACAGCCUGGAUUAUGUUUACGAGGAAUUUAUAACACUAGAGUUUUCUUCAAGCUCACAAAACCUUUUCAAAAAGAAGCCCUGUUUUUUCGCCUGACUUUUCUAUAAUAAUGACUCAGACCGUGCAGACUAAUGGGGUACAACCCCUGAGUAAGACAUGGGAACUCAGCCUGUAUGAGCUACAGAGGACUCCCCAGGAGGCAAUCACAGACGGGCUGGAGAUUGCUGUCUCCCCGAGAAGUCUCCACAGUGAGCUGAUGUGUCCGAUCUGCUUGGAUAUGCUGAAGAACACAAUGACCACCAAGGAGUGCCUUCAUCGCUUCUGUGCCGACUGCAUCAUUACAGCUCUGCGCAGCGGGAACAAGGAGUGCCCGACAUGCCGAAAGAAGCUGGUGUCGAAGCGCUCUCUGCGCCCUGAUCCGAACUUCGAUGCGCUGAUCAGCAAGAUCUACCCGAGCAGAGACGAGUACGAGGCCCACCAGGAGCGUGUCCUGGCCCGGAUCAGCAAACACAACAACCAGCAGGCGUUGAGCCACAGCAUUGAGGAGGGCCUCAAGAUCCAGGCCCUGAACCGGCUCCAGAGGGGGAAGAAGCACCAGAUUGAGAAUGGCAGUGGGGCAGAGGACAAUGGUGACAGCUCUCACUGCAGCAAUGCCUCGGUACACAGCAAUCAGGAGGCAGGGCCCAGCAUCAAGCGGACAAAGACCUCUGACGACUCGGGCCUCGACAUGGACAACACCACUGAGAACGUGGCGGGGGACCUGGCGCUGGACGGGGCCAGCGAGAUUGAGCUUGUUUUUCGGCCACACCCCACACUGAUGGAGAAGGAUGAUGUCACGCAGACCAGUAUUCGGUUUGUACCCAGGUACAUUAAGACAUCGGGAAAUGCCACGGUGGACCACCUCUCCAAAUACCUGGCAGUACGACUGGCCCUAGAGGAGCUUCGCAAGAGCGGAGACACCAACCCCAUUAAUGUGGAGGCAGCGAGUGAGAAGCAGUACACUAUCUACAUUCCUACAGCCAGCGGCCAGUUCACAGUGCUGAAUGGGUCCUUCUCGUUGGAGUUGGUCAGUGAGAAGUACUGGAAGGUCAACAAACCUAUGGAGCUAUACUUCGCACCCACCAAGGAGCACAAAUAGUUGCAGGACUCAGAAUGGACUGAGAGCGUUCUCAUUAAUAUGUUGAUGUCUCUUUGUUGGAUUUCCUGGCUCCAGAGAGCUAUUGCUGCUUUUUUAUAAUUUAGUUUUUGUACUUGAGACCCAUAGAUAUCCUGUCUCGGUUAAUGAAGCAUUUGCAUCCUUUUAAAAACAUUAUAAUCCUCCACUGUAAAUCAAUUUGGAAGUUGCCAGGAAAACAUUUAAUAACCUUCAUUCAGUAACCCAUUCUCCCAAAAUGAUUUCAGAAAAAAUUGUGAAUUUGUGCAUGAAAAAGCUGAGGGUCAAAAGCACUUGCUACAGUCUGUAUACAUGCAGGCAGAAUACCCCUUAUAGCUCAACGAGUGCUCCUCAAUCCUGACCACAAUAUCUGCUGUUAUUCAGUCCCAAGCCUUUCUAAAGCCAAGAAUGCUGAAUUGUUAGUGGUUUUGUUAUGUGGAUUAAGUUCACUGGGGCCUAAACCCACCAGCCUCUCAUUUAAACCCAGGUUUAUGAUGUGAAAGCAACCAAAUAAUCCAGUGUGCCACCUAGCCCCCUACCCUGAAUCAGCCAUGAAAUGCUCACAGCACAUGUAGUUAUUAUUGUAAAGGAAGCAGGCAUUUACAUUUUUCUUGAGGGGCACAUUUAGGGCAAAAUGAAAACCCAGAUAAGCUUGCUUCUCUUCUACCCCCCUAUUAAUUUUAUAUAAGAAUAAAAGGAACUACAGGUAAACUGGUUCUUUUUCAUGUUUUUGUGAAUGUGUGUGGCUGACAAGUAAUUUUUUUACUUCAGGAAAACAGGUUUCAGGAGAUUCGUAAUUAAAAAUCACUUGUUUUCUCAUGAAGUCAAAAAUUGAAUGCAAUUAAACACCAGGAGACUCUGAAUGCAGUGUUUGUUUAUCUACGGCCUAGAGUAUUUGUUGUACAGGAAAUGAACCAUAAAAUAACAGGUUGUACAUGAUUAAUGUGGUGUGUAAAAACAGAGACGCUGCAUACUCCGAUGACAAAAUUUAAGAAAGUGUUUCUGUUUUCCUCUAUUUCCAUGUUUUUCAUGUUCGAUUUGUAUUUUUCAGUUAGGACAAAAUUGUGUGUUGUCAUGCAUUAAUAAUCCCCAAACACAUUUGGCUUGUUUUUUCAAACUAAUCCUUAAAGGCUGUCCUUUUGGAAUAAAUACAUGGUAUCUGAAAUAUGA